ACUGGACUCUUUUGUUUCCUGGAGCGUUUGUCCAUAGCAGGCUGCCGUAGCAAAGCCGCGAGGGCUGCCGGGAUAUCGUAGGUCUGCGUGAGGCGACGGUGACCCAGGAUGACCACAGCAGCGCGGCCAACGUUUGAGCCCGCCAGAGGGGGGCGGGGAAAAGGAGAGGGUGAUUUGAGUGCGCUCUCUAAACAGUACUCUAGCAGAGACCUGCCUGGACAUACCAAAAUCAAAUACAGGCAGCCCACACAGGAUGCUCCUGAGGAGAUCCGCAACCGUGACUUCAGGCGUGAGCUGGAGGAGAGAGAAAGAGUCGCAGUGAAGGGCAGAGAGAGAGGAGCCAGGGAGCAUACCACAUCCUCUUCCUCAUCUUCAUCCUCCAAACGACCAAGACUUGAUCAGAUUCCCGCAGCUAAUCUUGAUGCAGAUGACCCGCUUACAGAUGACGAGGAUGACUCUGAUUCCGACUCUGACAGUGAUGACGACACUGCCGCCCUGCUGGCUGAACUGGAGAAAAUCAAGAAGGAAAGAGCAGAAGAGCAGGAAAAGAAGGAGCGAGAGCAGAAGGCUGAAGAGGAGAGGAUCAGAAUGGAAAAUAUUCUCAGUGGGAAUCCACUACUGAACCUUGCCGGACAACAACAACAGCAGCAACAGCAGCAACACACACAGAGCCAAAGCAGCUUCAGCGUUAAACGCAGGUGGGACGAUGAUGUGGUGUUUAAGAACUGCGCUAAAGGAGUGGAUGAAUCUCGGAAGGAAAAGCGAUUCAUUAACGACACGCUGCGCUCAGAGUUCCACAAAAAAUUUAUGGAGAAAUACGUCAAAUAGAAUUCAGUAGAGUUCAAUGAAAUUAAAGUGACUAAGUGUUUAUUGUUUUUGCAGAUUUUUUGUUUUUACCCUGAUUCACCUCCUGCUGUGUGUAAUUAAAGGUUUUCUUUUGUUUCUCAA